UUUUUGAUCUUCUUCCGUAUUCCAACAAGCGAGUGGUAACGAACUUCUUGCAACAAGCACUUGGUGAUCCUAUGCUGAAUGAAGUGUACUUGCUGUCAACGUUCAAACUGCAGCCGAAGAGCACAGCCACCAUAUUUGGUCUGUAUUCAUCAGCUGAUAACAGCAAGUAUUUUGAAUUUACGGUAAUGGGACGGAUGAAUAAAGUGGUGCUGCGCUAUCUGAAGAGUGAUGGGAGGUUGAAUUCGGUGAUCUUUAGCAACAUUCAGCUGGCUGAUGGGAAACCCCAUGCUGUCAUCUUGUGGCUGAGUGGCCUGCAGCAGGGAUCGAGCACGAUAGAGUUGUAUCUGGACUGCCUGCAAGUAGGUGCUGUUCAGGACCUGCCAAAAGCAUUUUCAGCGCUGUCUCAGAGGUCGGCGGCAGUAGAGUUGCACACUUUCCAGGAGAAGCCACAGGAUACCCUAGAAGAGCUGAAGCUGGUAACUGGAGGAACACUUGCCCAAGUGGGGAACCUGCAGGAUUGUUUUCUUCAACAAAUUGAACCUAUUCCUCAGUACACCGGUGAUUUUAAUAGGCAGCUGAUGGGUCAGAUGAUGCAGAUGAACCAAAUACUGGGAGAUGUGAAAGACCUUCUCAGACAACAGGUCAAAGAAACAACUUUUCUGAGAAAUACCAUAGCUGAGUGCCAAGCAUGUGGUUUGGGAACUGUGAAUUUUCCAACUCAGCUUCCUAGGCGCAGUAAACCCAAAUGCGAAGUUAAUUCCUGCUUCAGGGGAGUCAGGUGCAUGGAGACAGCAGAAGGAUUUCAGUGCGGUCCCUGCCCUGAAGGGCUCACGGGAAAUGGAAUUACCUGCUCAGACAUUGAUGAGUGUCGUUACAACCCUUGCUUCCCUGGAGUGCGAUGUGUGAACACUGCUCCAGGUUUCCGAUGCGAGACCUGUCCCCCAGGAUAUACAGGACAAACUGUGCAAGGGAUAGGACUCAGCUAUGCCAAGAGCAAUAAGCAGGUCUGCUUAGAUAUUGAUGAAUGUCAGAGUGGUGGACUUGGACUCUGCGUUCCAAAUUCCCAUUGCAUAAACACUUUG